AUAAAAUUUUAAACAGAAUCAUAAGCACACUAAAAAUCAAAAGAGUUGACACUCUCAAAACGCGACGACGAAGAACAAAUGCAAAUCAUCUCGUCAAAGUAGAGAUCCGGAUCAUCAUCAUCUCUAUCCUCCCAGCGACGGAAUAAUCCAACUCCGGUAUGGCGGCGAGGAGAAACGUACGGUACGCUCAGCUUCCAGGGGACGAAGACGAUGAGGAUUACGGAAACGGUGGCGGGAGGAGGAGAGAUUACGAUCCUCGCUUCGAUUAUACACCGAAAGCGUUUGAUAGAGUUCCGUGGAAAUCGAUAGCAUUAGCUUUGUUUCUUCUGUUUCUCGGUUGCUUGCUUCUUCUUUUGGCGGUUUUUAUUUUCACUGGUCACAUGGAAGGAGAUAGCUCUCAGGGUUACGCGCUUCUUGUUCUUGGCAUCCUUACUUUCCUCCCUGGGUUCUAUGAGACUCGGAUUGCUUACUAUUCGUGGAGAGGAGCUGAAGGGUAUCGUUUCGCAGCCAUUCCUUCCUACUGAAUUCAAAUUAGCUGGAGAUGGUUACACGACUCUAUCUGUGCAUAAACUUGUUGGAGCGAUGUAAUAAUAGACUUGAGGUGUUUCAUGAAUCACUCACUCCAAAAGGCUAGGAUUAUAGAUAAAGAGAUACUACUUUAGACUGUUAUGUUUUAUUGAUCUAGCUUGUGAAUCUUAUUGAACCUCGAUUUUUAUCAAAAUGUCGUAUGCGUCUU